UUUUGUCUUCUGAUAGUCUGUAAGGUCAGUCAGAUUAAGAUCUGUCAGAAGAUGAACAAAUCUGAAAAACCUCUGUCAACACUAUGGGGCUGUGAACUAAAUGAGUCAAAUAAGCAAGAGUCUUUCAAGACGGAUGACACAAAUCAUCAGCACCAACUAGCAUUAAGAACAAUGUGCUUGGGACACACUGCAAAAGAUGAGUUUAACAUUAUUGAAUUGGUUACUGGGGAGGGUGAUGAUGCCAAAGGUGUGCCAAUUGCAACUCUACAUGCCAAGUCAAUGCCUACGGUCAACCUGUCUGGCUUAGACUUGCAUCCUCCUGUGACCUUUCGGCUGAAGCAUGGCUCAGGCCCGGUGUUUGUUGGUGCAGAACAUGUAGCCUUGGAAGACUACUCAGAUGAAGAAAUGGAAGAUGAAGAGGAGGAGGUGGAGGAAGAAGAGGAAGAUAUUGAGGAGUCACCUGUGAAGAAAGUUACAAAAAAUGGUGCUGGCAAAAGAAAGAAACCAGAAAAGGGGGAAGAUGAAGGUGAAACAUCAGAAGGUGAAAACAAUCCCCCUAAAAAGGGAAAAGGAAGGGGUAGAAAGCCACUGGCUGCAAAGGUUUGACCAAGCAAGAGUGAACGAUUAAACAAUACCACCUGAACAACUUGAUUCAAAGCAAAGUAGUCUAGCACUGUUCAAUUCUACUGCAGUUGUAUAAAUGCCUUUUGGAGUACAGAUUUUGAAAUGCUAAUCAUGCUUGUCUUGCAUUGCAACUAUAU